UAACGAAGUUCAAUAGCGGUUGUUAUUCACUAUUCAUUUCUACUUGUACUGUUAAAGGGCUAGUUUACUCAAUCAUGUCGUUCUGCAGUGUUUUUAUAUUAUUUUUUAUUAGUUUCAUAUCUUUCAGUACCUGUUUUGUUUUACAAUCAUCAAGAGCAGUUGAGGAAGAGAAAAGGAUCGACGACAUGCAGACGAACAACAAAGAAUACACGAUAUUGGUCAUGCUGAAACCUUUCGACAAGGCUGCUUUUUACAAUCUCGACGGAGGAAAAAGAAGUAUCAGAGUGAAACGAACGUCAGAUCUUGCUAAGUUCACCGCAUCGAAAAACUUAUCACAGACAAAAGUGGUACAGUUAUAUUUGCAGCUGUACAAAGAUUUAUACAGCACAAGGAACAAUCCGAAACCCAUUCAUCCAGAGUCUAUAAAGCCAGUCUUGAAGAAGUUCAAAAAGAAACUUGUGACAUUCUUUUUCCCCCAAUCCGCACAAGACGAACGAAGACGUUAACCUAAAAAGUUAGGUCACGAAGAAAAGGUUAAAAUGCAUGACUGUUCAAUAGUCAAAUAUAUUUUUAAGAGGAAUAUUUUUUGUCGCUGGAAAGUAGUAGAAACUAUUUUUGACAUUCAAUAAGGGUGACGACUAAAAAGAAAAAAUC